CUCCGCAGCAGCAACGUGAAGCUUCCACCUCACCUCUCCCUCCCCGUCGCCGGACUAUCGCUUCGACACCCAACCCACCAUGCGGCCGACAUCUCUGUUACGGAGCGGCGGCCCCAAGAUCCCCUACCCCAAACACGUCUGGUCGCCGGCAGGAGGGUGGUAUGCACAGCCCGCGAACUGGAAGGCCAACACCGCCAUCAUGGGCGCCGUCAUCUUCGGCAUAGCCGCCAUGACCUGGAGCCUGAGCGCAGAUCGAGAGCAUCGAGAGCAUAUGCCGCAGCCUGAAGCCUUCUUCCCCUCGAGAUACUGGAGCCGGCAAGUAAGAGAAUAUGAGCGGGAGCAGAGAGGAAGAGAGGGCGGGAGUUCAUGAUGGCGUGUCUUUUACGACUGGCAUGGAGGGCAUCGGUCGAGCGGGCUGGCUGAUAUGCGGGCAAAGAGGGAGCUGCCGACACCACAGACCAUGUCUAUUGAAUCAGAAAUUUUACAAGGCUACACCCAGCGAUAUAGGCCCUGAACAUACCUUUCUGUACACUCCAUCCGAUGCAUACGGCUGGCCAUGAUUCCACG